AUGCGUCAAACUGCUGUGAGUCUUGCUAAGAGCUAUACGCCAAUGAUCAAAUUUGUAGGUGGCAAACACCCCCUCGUACAACACCCUAAUUCGGCUACCCCACAUCCCUGCACAAUUGACGGUAUGCUCCCCGGAUCAAAAGAAUGUGUACCGGUCGCUGAGUAUCUCGGUAAGCUGAAACUUUUCGAAGUUGUGCCUUACAAAACCAAGAAGUCGCCCCAGAAAUCUGCUGGCACCACCAAGGGUUCUGCCUACACAUUCACUUCUAGACCUCUCAAAGAAAAUGAGGUCGACUCCAUUUUCGAUCUACCUCCCAGAUUUCAACUUCGUCCGUUCGCGGAGUCCGAGAUAGAAUCCAUCAACGCUGGCGGCGCUCUAUGA